CCACAAAGAACACCGACCCACUAUUGUUGCUCUCGUCGGCAAUAUACGAUACCGGAGGUUUGCGAAAGAUGUUAAAUUGUUUGUUAAACUCACUGGAAAACUUUGUCGGGAACGGUACGGAAGUGAGUGUGCUUGAUAGACAGCGAGCAAGGUUGGAAUGGAUAGACAAGCUUCAACAACCUCAACAACUCUAUGUUACCAACGUCUCAAACAAUUCCAUUGAAUCCCACGUAACGCCUCGGCAUCGUAGUCUGAUCAGUGACAACUUGUUGCUUGGGGAGCACCGAGACGAUCCGUCAGCUAAGGCUGAACUGCAUUUGAGUGAUGGUAGUUUUCCCGGUAUUGCAAAUUUGGCUGUAGGUGGAAAAGAGUUGGGUUUUGUGUCGCCGGCGUGUAGGAGUAGCGCUUUAACUUUUCAUCAGGAGCAGUCUCUUCUGACGACUUGUAGCCGCCUGCUGGUGGCGGUAGAGGCAGCUAAGAUGAAUGAAAAGGUGGCGGUGGCGGAGGAGAUGGAGGUUGUUAUUGACAAAGACAGGUUGAAUAAGAGAAAAACAGAGUGUGUUGUAGCAGAGGAAUGUGAAUGUCAAGACAAGAGGAUCAAAGGAGAUGAAGAAGGAGUGGAAUCUGCAGUCAGUGAGAAAAGCUGUGGAGAAACUUCAGCAGAUAAUUCAAAGGUGGAUUCCAAGGCUCUAGAGGUUCAGAAGCCGGAUUACAUUCAUGUGCGGGCGCGACGAGGGCAGGCCACUGACAGCCAUAGUUUAGCAGAAAGGGCAAGAAGGGAAAAGAUCAAUAACAAGAUGAAAUUUUUGCAAGAUUUGGUUCCUGGUUGCAGCAGAAUCCUGAGCAAGGCUGGUAUGCUUGACGAAAUCAUCAACUAUGUUCAAUCUCUCCAGAGACAAGGCGAAUUCUUGUCAAUGAAACUUGCUGCUUUAAAUCCGAAGCUAGAAUUCAACACUGAUAACUUCUUUGUUAAAGAGUUUCCUGCUUAUAUCACCAGUUUUCCGACAGCCACUAGGCCAUCAGCAGUCUCCAAUUUGCCUUACCUUCAGCUUAACCCGGUUGAACAAGGAAACACAAGUUGUGAACUAGAUGUGCUGACAAGCUCUUCUGCAACUGUCCCAGAACUAUAUCCAGACUCAUCCUUCUUCUCUAAAGUUCAAUCCUUUCCAACUUGGGAAAGUGGUUUGCCAAGGCCUUAUAAUGCGGGGUUUCAUUAAGGAAGAUCAACAUCCGCUUCAUGCACAGAGGAUGGGGAGGGAGGACCACACCAGAGGUAUCACAGAAGCCGGAUAAUGAAAGAAGAUAAGACUCAAGAACUAUGGUUAGAGACAGUAAAGCAUUGUAGGGGCAAGGAAGGAGGGGUGGGGCUGAUGAAAAGGGAAGGUGCUUGUGACUAUUUGGCCCACAAGUUGUUGCUCUGUCGGAUGAACUUGGUUUGGGCGCUGCGAAAUCCACUUAUCUGUGGAAGAGAAAAGCCAUUGAAUAAGGCAGUCAAUUGGACAAUGAAAUCGUAGGCAAUGAUUCUCCACAACUACUGGGACUAGCUGUUUUUAUCAUGUCUUGUAUUUACUCUGUAAAAAACAGUUCUAUAUAUAUUGUUUGACCGUUAUGAGUACGAGUACAAGUGUCAUCUUUGCUUUC